AUGUUGGAUUCUCGAAUUUUGGAUUGGUCCACCAGUGGUGAUGACAAAUCUUAUGCUGGGUCUUGGCUCGAGGGCCAGAACCUGAUGGAAAGUGAAUAUCAAGAAUCGGAGGUGAUUGGUACCUCGUUACAGCCGACUAUAUCUCCUAUAAUAUACUCCCAGCCUGAAACGUUUGGUGACAAGCUUAAUGUCGCGUCUUCUUUCAUUUGCGAUGCCGCGCUGGAUUUUGACGCUUACAAUACCCCCGCCUUGCACCAGUGGCCACUUCAGCCGACUAUAUCUCCUAUAAUAUACUCCCAGCCUGAAACGUUUGGUGACAAGCUUAAUGUCGCGUCUUCUUUCAUUUGCGAUGCCGCGCUGGAUUUUGACGCUUACAAUACCCCCGCCUUGCACCAGUGGCCACUUCAGCCGGCCCACGAAACCGUUAAUCGACGGUCUUCCAAUCAAUGGCAGUUCGAUCAAGUCUUCCAAUCGUUCGUACUCUGUGCCCUGAUCACCUAG